AUGUCUUGCCAACGCACCUCCGCCUCCGCCACCGAGCGCAGAACACCAUCGCAAACCUUCGCACUCUACCGCGAGAUCAUCCUAUUUAGGAGGCACUACGGCGAGCCUAGAAACCGAGCCGAGUCCUUUACGGAGAUUGAGAUCGGGUCAGACAGAGAGAUAGCUAGAGAACGGGCGGAGACUACGCGGUCUACAUCCGCUAUCGUGGUCUACUCUGAUACUUUAGGACGUAAAGGCCACCUAGGCGCUGCUGUCGUUGCUCUAGACAACAACCUAGAGGUCAUCGAGUCUUAG